AUCAGACUGUACAGAGAAAACAACCCUCAGUACCCCCCACCAGAGAGAGCGAGUGAGAAAGAGAGAUAGCGAGCGAAAGAGGAAACACGAGGGCAGAAAAGAUGAGGCUAAGAGCAGUGAGAGAACCAGAGACGUACAGAGGAAAGAACAGGCAGGUAUUCAUUCAUCCUGCGCUCUGCCUAGCAACGUCGUGAGGGAGCAACUGGAGCGGAGUGCCUUUGCCCCUCUCAGCAGCAGUACCGAUGAUCUGCUGGAUCUCAUCUCCACGGCUCUGCUAGCCUCAAGUUAUCAGCAGCAGCACACAGCCACCACUGAACAUGAGACUGCAGCGCUGGUGCUCUACACACACACACACACACACACACACACCGAAAAGCAGUGUGUGCUCAUGGGAAUUUCGUAAUGAGUAAUAUUGAACUAAAACCAAGGGAGGGACAGUUCUGCAUGUGGGCGUGUUCACAGUAAGAGGAAGAACUGAGAAAACAUAGCAGAGGAAGAACGACAGCAUCCAAACCUGAGGAUGGGAUCCAUAGAAGCAGUGGCUGCAUGAUUGGGCCAACCACACAGUGGGAAAAGUGUAACCGUGCGACGGUGAUGAGAGCUGAGCCAAGGUGUGUGGUGGCCAGGGAGAAGAGAUAGCUAAACCAUUCAAUCUGGGGGCAGCACUGGGCAGAGGCAUAGGGUGGUUGUUGUACCCUGAGAGAUGUGCAGAGCAAUUCCUUAGUCCUCCUCCGAAAACGACUUGCACUGGGAACAGAUAAAAACAUCAGCCUCUGUUGAAGACUGCACUUCGUCUCUGAGCAUCAAGCUGGUUGAAACGUACAGGCAGGUCUGACAACUGACCAGCAAUUCAAAAGUGACUUGAAUGGAAAUACAGCAUGCACCACCCCUGGUGUAGCUCCCUCAGGAACCCACGACACGUCACCCUGUCAUCGGCGAUAAAGGUUUGUUCGCACACAACAAGUACCUGACCGAGUGUCAACGCUGCCCAAGUGAGGUGGUGCACGCAGCCACCAUGCAGUGGAGGCGGCGCCACUGCUGCACGCACAUCGCCAGGCUCCUGUCUCUCCUCUCGUUGCUGGGGGUCCUGGUCAUCCUGAGCCAUCAGGACUGGCUGCUGGGCUUCAAGGGCUCAACAUGGCGGAGGGAGAACCCAGUGGCUUACACUGAGGGAGGAGGACUACACUUCAAAGACAAAGGGAAUCACAGCUCCUCACAGAUUCUAUGGAGGGCGACUAAUGCUAGCUUGAGCGGAGAGGUCGGGCUAGGGGGCCUGCUGACCUCGGAACCCUACCCUUACAUCAUCAACGAGCCCAACAAGUGCCAGGAGGGUGACCCAGCGCCAUUCCUGGUACUGCUGAUAGUCACGGAGGCCCAGCAGGUGGAGGCCAGGGAGGCCAUCCGGCAAACAUGGGGAAACGAGAGUGUGGUCCCCGGCCUUGUCCGGCUCUUCCUGCUGGGCGUGAAGGAGGGUGAGGUGGGCCGCCUGCAGCAGAGCAGCCUGGAGGCAGAGAGCCGGAGGCACCAUGACAUCAUCCAGCAGGACUAUAUGGACACGUACAACAACCUGACCAUCAAAACCCUGAUGGGCAUGCACUGGGUGGCCGCGCACUGCCCGGGCGCCAACUACGUCAUGAAGACAGACAGUGACAUGUUUGUCAACACCGAGUAUCUCGUCCACAAGCUGCUCCGGCCCGAAAUUCAGCCCAAACGGGACUACUUCACAGGCUACCUGAUGAGGGGCUAUACGCCCAACAGGAACAAGGAAAGCAAGUGGUACAUGUCCCCCGAGCUGUAUCCCAGUGAGAGGUACCCCACCUUCUGCUCAGGAACUGGCUACGUGUUCUCGGGGGACCUGGUGGAGAAGAUCUACAGGGCCUCUCUGGGCAUUCGCAGGCUGCAUCUGGAGGACGUCUACGUGGGCAUCUGCCUGGCCAAGCUGCGGAUCGAACCCACGCCACCGCCCAAUGAGUUCCUGUUCAACCACUGGCGGGUGUCCUACUCCAGCUGCAGGUACAGCCACCUUAUCACCUCCCACCAAUUUCAACCCAACGAACUGCUCAAGUACUGGCACCACCUCCAGCGCAACAAGCACAACGCCUGCAUCAACACGUCCAAAGUCUAGAUGGGCAGGUUUCACCAGAGGAGACUUCAGGGGUACAGCCUAUUUGGUGACAGAGGAUCAUGGGUGAUGUUUGAUCAUGGCCUGUGCAGGAGUCACUGGCAAGAUGUAACCGAGUAAAGCACAUGUUUUUGGACAAACUAA